AUGGGACAUAGUCGUAGAGCACCGGGCAGAGGUGCUGGUCAUACUGAGGCGAGGCAUCCGACACUAGUUUAUGUUGCACAUCAUCGUGAGGACAGCGAUGCUCCAGAUGUUAUAACGGAUGUAGGAUCUACCCAUUCCUAUGUUGCUUGUACUGUUAUUGAGAAAUUGCGGAUUUCGGUUAAGAAUAUUUCGAGUGGAAUUACUGUUCUAAGUCCAUUGGGACAGUCUGUUCUGGUAAAUAAGUUUUUGAAAGACGUUCCCCUUGAAAUACAGGGAGUUGUCUAUUUGGCCGAUCUUAUGGAGCUGCCUUUAGGGGAAUUCAACUUAACACUGGGCAUGGAUUGGCUAGUUAAACAUCGGGAUAUCAGGAUUGUUAAGGAUUUUCCGAAUGUCUUUCCUAAAGAGCUACUAGGGUUACCUCCAGAGCAUGAAGUGGAGUUCGGGAUUGAGCUCCUUCCUGGUACAGCUCUAAUGUCCAUCUCCCCUUAUAGAAUGGCACCAAAAGAGCUUAUAGAGCUUAAGGCCCAAAUACAUGAGAUACUGGAUCAUCAGCCUAUUGUAGUAUUUAUCGAUGACAUAAUGGUGUAUUCAAGGACUGACGUCGAACAUGACGAACAUCUCCAAGUAGUUCUGCAAAUAUUGAGGGAGAAGCAACUAUAUGCCAAGUUCAGCAAGUGUGAAUUCUGGUUACGCGAGAGGUUUUCACUAAUUGCCACGCCCUUAACUAAGCUGUUGUCUAAGGAUAUGCCAUUUAUCUGGACUGAUGAGCAGCAAGAGAGCUUUAAAAAGCUCAAGGAAGUUUUGACGGAGGCCUCUAUCUUGAUUCAACCAGAAUUUGGAAAAGAAUUUACUGUUUACAGCGAUGCAUCACACAUCGAGAAUGGUAAUACUGUGGAUUUUGGGCUAAACAAUGAAGGGGUACUUUGUUUUCGAGGCAGGAUUUGUGUACCUAAGGAUAUUGAUUUGAGGCAGUCUAUAUUGCGAGAGGUACAUAGUAGCUCUUUUGCUAUGCACCUAGGUGGAAAUAAGAUGUAUAAAAAUCUCCGUGAGAUAUAUUGGUGGCCAGGUCUUAAGCGUGAGAUUACCGACUUUGUAGGGAAAUAUUUGACAUGCCAACAGGUUAAAGCAGAACAUCAGUUGCUUUCUACGUUACUUCAGCCGGUUAAGAUUCCGAUGUGGAAGUGGGAAAGAGUUUCGCCAUGGAAGAAGUUAGAGCUACCUUCUGAGUUGAAACGGAUUCACAAUGUGUUCCACAUCUCUAUGUUGAGAUGCUACCGCUCUGAUCCUACGCAUCUUGUACCGGUAGAGGAGAUUGACAUCAGACCAGAUCUGACUUUCGAGGAGGAACCAAUCCAGAUUAUGGAUUGA